CCAACCUUUUCCUUUCUCUUUCUCUGCCAAAAAAAAAAAGUUCAAAAAAAAUAAUAGUAUAAGAAUCACCAGAAAGAGCACAUCUCUUCCCCGUCUGAUCUGCACCAUCCUGUCUCUUUCAUCCAGUUGGGUCUCCCCCAUUCGAACCCCCCCAAGCUCUGACUACUUCUAAUGUCCGCCAACCCUCCUCUUCCCUUCAGCCUCGGGUCAGUCAUAACCGAUACACAAAAAGGACUGAACCUCCGACUCAUAGAAGCUUUGGGAAGUGGGAGCUAUGCUAUAGUUUAUAAAGCGCAAGCGCUUCAUGAUGGGCAAUUUUACGCUCUAAAAUGUAUAAGCAAAAUGGAUAUAUCGAACGAGGACUUGGAGGUGCAGAAGCAGGAAAUCGAAAUACAUCGCUCACUCGUAAAAAGCUCCCGUAUUGCUCGCCUAGUCAGUCAUUUCGAAACUGAGCAAUACUUGUUCCUUCUGCUGGAAUAUAUUCAAGGCAUGGAUCUUUACUGGUGGAUCCUUCACAAAAAUGAUCAUUAUGACUCUGCAACCGGCAGAAAGCUGGAUACUUUGGAACGUCUGACCGUUCUCUCCAAUUUAUUUGUACAGUGUUUGGAAGCUGUUCAUUUUAUUCAUACCAAGAAAAUCGCCCAUCGGGACCUGAAACCAGAGAAUUUCUUGAUCACCUUAGACCAAACCAUCAAGCUGAUAGACUUUGGUCUGGCUACCACUGAACACUAUCCCACUGAUUUUGACUGUGGCAGUAAGCCCUAUAUGAGCUUCGAAUGUCAUAAUCCUGACAAUCCUCACUAUGAUGCUUUUCAAGCCGAUAUCUGGUCUCUUGGUAUUAUAUUUAUCAAUCUAUUCUGGCAUCGCUCUCCUUGGUCUCGGCCCGACAAUUCGUGCCCAGCCUACAAAUCCUUUACACAACAUCCCACCGACUUCUUAGUAGAGCGGUUCGAUGGCAUGUCUAGGUCUGUGGCCACUUUCCUAGCCGACCGAGUUUUUUGUUCCGAAAAGAAAGGCCGAGUCAAAAUCGCAGAGUGGAAAGCAUGGUGUAAAAAUCUGGUGAAACUACUUUCAGACGACACUUCCAACCGACCUACUACACCAAAGAAAACAAUCGGAUUCUUACCCUUGACUAUCAGUCUAUCAACCGUCAGAAACAAUUCAGCAAAGUCCAAGGAAUCGGCUCUAUCGGCCAGAUUGCGUCGAUCCAGUUUCUUUUCUAUGUUACCGCCUUCUCCCAUGUCAUCACCAGGCAAGCGUGGUCAUGAAAGCAGCGACACUUACUUCUCACCUCGUAUUGACCAUCAGCAUAGCAAGUCUUGGUCUCAGGAACUCGACUUUGAUACUGAGGAGGGCGAGAUGGAUUUCUCCGAACCUAUCUCUUUUGCUGAUAAGAAUACACCGCAAACUAGCGAAGAUGAAACCAAAAAAGAAGGUCAAGACGAUAACGACAGCGGAUUUGGUUCAGAUGAACCCGAUAGUACGGCUCCUCAAAGCUUUCUUAGUACAAGCCCUAGUUCACCUGCCGCACCGGCGUCCAGUGAUGAACAGCAACCGAUUAAAACCGUACCAAAAUACAUCCCACCUGCCAAGCGCAGGAACCAUAUACCCACAUUGGACAUGCGUGGUUCUUCCAAGCGAUACUCUACAUCGUCGACUCAAACAGCUCAACCCUCUUCAGUCGGUGGCCAAGGGUAUCAUGUUGGAGCACAUCAACGUCGACCUUUUGCUCCCCCUCAACCGACUUGGCGACACAAGAAUCAGCAGCAACAGCGCUAUGAACCAUGGCAAAAGUCCAACGUCAGUCAUUCACUUACGAAAGGCAUGCGCAACCCUCCUCCUCCUCCUUCCUUCUUAAAGACCAACGACAAGAUACCCGUGUAUCCUCCAGAUGUCCCUGUAUAUACACCUCCUCAUCGAACAUUCAAACCUUUGACUUCAGCUUCGGUAUCUGUUUUCAACGAUCGCAUGCCAGGCAUGACUACUCACAAGAGUUUAGCUGACUCGUCGUCUGUUCUACAAGACUACAAACCAGCCGUGGAUGACAUGGAAAUGUCAGAAAUGGAUGUGGUGUUUGGCGAAACCCAAAUCACCCCAUCUGUUGAACGCAGGAAUCAUUUGACGAAAGGCGCUAUUAGCGAUUUUGGCAAGCUGUUACGCAGUAUUGCCCGCGAUCGUAGUCAAUAAACUCCUUAAGGUGAAAGUGUUAUAUAACACACAAGUCCAUCUCACCGAUUUAUGCUCCAACAUGUUUACCAUUGUGAUAUGAUCCAUGUAUGUUUGGUCAGUGAUGCGAUAUUUAAACAGGUUUA